AUGUUGGCAUCUUUCUCCAUUUCUCAACUCUCAAGUCCAAAAUCUGCUGAAAUUCAUCUACGACUCGGUUCUAACAAGUCCAUCUACAGGAGGACGAGAUCUAUUGCAGUAAGAUGUAGUGAAAGAAAGAAGAAUUACUAUGAACUACUGGGAGUUUCUACUGAUUCAAGCUCUCAAGAAAUAAAAGAUGCAUACAGGAAACAGCAGAAAAUACACCAUCCAGACAUUGCCGGAGAAAAAGGUCAUGAGAAUACAAUCAAGUUGAAUAAAGCCUGCGAGGUUUUAAUGAAGGAGGAUCUCAGACGAGAGUAUGAUGCUUCGAUUGGCCUAAUGAGGUUGGGUGCAACGAGCUCGUGGAAAGGCCCUUUGAGACCCGAAGCUAUAUUCGUUGAUGAGAAUGCUUGUAUAGGUUGUAGAGAAUGCGUGCACCACGCAGGCAACACGUUCACCAUGGACGAAGCAGUUGGAACUGCACGUGUCAAACUUCAGUAUGGCGACGAUGACACACAAAUCGAGAUAUCAGUUGAUUCAUGUCCUGUAAAUUGCAUCUAUUGGGUGGAUACAAAAGAGCUUGAAGUGCUGGAAUACCUGAUUCGACCUCAACCUAAGGAAGGCUAUGGCGUAUUCGGACAAGGCUGGGAAAGACCUGCAAACGUCUUCAUGGCAGCAAAGUCUUUCAACAAACAGUUCAAGCGAAAAGUCGAAAACCAGAAGAGAAAUGCACGACCAACAGAUAAGGAAUAA